UUCUCUCCCUAUACAAACCCCCCCCAAACCACCAACCGCUCGCUAAACUCAUUAUCAAAUGGCAACUCUAAGCCGUCGCCUCCUCCUCCUCCUCCUUCUCCUCACUACCAUCUCGCCGGCAGUAUUCGCCAUCCUGGCCAACUCCACUGACUUCAUCCGCCGCAGCUGCGCCGUAACCCUCUACCCCCAACUCUGCUACAUCUCCCUCAAACCCUACGCAAAAAACAUGAAGGAGAGCCCUCUGGCACUCGCCAUCAUCGCCACCGAAGUCAGUCUGGCCAACAUAAAGAAGUCAGCUUUGCAAGCGGAGGCUUUGCGGCACCACAGAACGGGGAGCGCCGGCGCCGCACUGCACGACUGUCUUGAUCUGCUGCGCACCGCUGAGGAUCUGACCAAGCAGUCGGUGGCGGAGAUCCAAAAGCUUUGGCGGGCUGUGAAGCUCGGCGGGUCAAGUUUCUUUUGGGACGUAUCCAACGCUCAGACGUGGAUGAGCGCUGCUCUGACGGAUGAAGACACAUGUGUGGACGGAUUUGAGGACGUCGGCGGCGCGGCGGCGGUGAAGGGGUUUAUUCGAAAUGUGAGGAGGGUGAAGAAGUAUAGCAGUAAUGCUCUUGCGCUGCUGAAUGCUCUUGUGGAAGGUUGAUUGUUUUAUGAGACGUUCAACUGUUCCAUCCAGAAUUAGUUGAUCGACGCGAACAAAUUAGCAGUAUUUUAAUGUAAGUGAGUUGCUAUUCUUACUUAUAAAAGAUUUUAAGUGUUUGAAGUUUUGACCUUCUCAGGUGAUGGAGGGAGGUCUGUUUCUGAAUUUUAAGAAUUCUGUGGCAUUGUUCUGUUUUGUCUUUUUUUUUUUCUUUUUUUUUUUGUUUGUAUCGUACAAGUUAAUGUGUUUAUUAGUUUUUGAUAUGGAAUAAAG